AUGGCCGCUAGGUUUCUUAGUUUGAGACGCGCUUUGACUCUCUACCUCAGUAACCAACAACCUCGGAUUCCUUUGUCUCAAGCCGAUAAGUUGUGGCAAUCGAAGUUUCUCUUCAGCAGAGAUAACAGAUAUGGGAACUUACUUCAGAGACAAUUCUGUGUAACGCGUGAGGCUCAUGAAGCUUUACAAACCAAUGGCCACAGCUCUUCAACCUCUGCUACUGAAUUGGCCAAAGCUCCCUCCCCUGCAACGGCCUCUGAGGAUCUGAUUGUGAAGUACAAGUCCCAGUUGAAAAUAAACCCGAGGCAUGACUUCAUGAUGGUCUUUACUUGCAAGGUCUGUGAGACGAGAUCAAUGAAGAUGGCGAGCCGAGAAUCAUAUGAGAACGGCGUCGUGGUGGUACGAUGUGGAGGGUGUGAUAAUCUACACUUGAUUGCAGAUCGUUGUGGUUGGUUUGGUGAACCGGGAAGCGUGGAGGACUUUCUCGCUGCUCGUGGAGAAGAAUUCAAGAAAGUAUCCAUGGAUUCUCUUAACCUUACGUUUGAAGAUUUAGCUGGAGAGAAGAUGUCCAAUGAAUAG